AUGACCACAAAGUGGCUCAGGCCUUGGUGUUUAUGGUCGAUUUUCCAUCAAGCUGUCGCCGAUCUUGCUAUUGUGCGCCCUUACGCGUCAAAUGCCGAGGUUCAGUCCUUGCAGAGCGUUUUCGACCUAUGGUCGGAGGUCCUGCCUUGCACGGAAGCGCCGGAAGUCUCGGUGGAUGUCAUUCUCGUUUUCAGCAAGACCUUUGAGGCUUCUCCACAGGCCCGGACUGCAGCUGAUGCUAUCAAGACGCAGUUUGAGAACGGAACUUUCAUCUGGGCGCAAUGCUUCCGAAGCCUCACCGUCCAGGAGGCCAACCUCACCGCGAUAGAAGAUGUCUAUGACUCCCGUGGCUACAGCAUCCGGAAGGCUUGGGUCACCGGCCCGAACAAGGUCUUCAAAUCCGUUCUUCGAGCUGCUGUUGACAAAACUGUCGGCGAGUACAGCCACUUCUUCUACAUGGAGCUUGACUCCGUGCCGGUCCGGGAGGGCUGGCUCCUGCAGUACGUGGCUGAGGCCCUCUACUAUCCCACGGCGGCCAUACGAGGCAGCCGCUACAGAGGUGACACAUGGGACGGCUUUCUCAAGGAUCUACCGCUGGAGCUGUUGAUUCACAUCAACGGCAAUGCCAUCUACAACGUGGAGCAUCCCUGGACCUUGCGGUUGUUGGCCCACCUGGAGGACGCUUCCUUCGAAAUUGACAGCAUUGCCUUCGACAUCAAGAUGGCCAACCUCAGCUUUGAAGAGUUUGGCAAUGCACUGGACUCUCCGUACAAGGCCGAUUCCCUGCUCAUUGGGAAUUAUGCCCAGAUGUUGCUGAAUUCCAGUUUCGAAUCCGCCGAGUACAUUCGACAUGGCUCCACGGGCAACAUAUUCGACAACAUCGAUGACUCACAAGUCACUCUUGGUGUCAUGGCUUUGGCCGCUGAGUUCAGUGCCUUCCUCGACUCGCUCAGGUACUCCCAUCCCUUCAGGAAAGUGCUCAUCAUGGGUUCGGAGAUUCUCAAUGAGACGAGUUACAGCAUCAACACACUGCAAGGCACAACGCAAAUCGAGAUCCUUGCGAUCUCCGGAGAUCCGGUGGAGCUAUACUGCGAACUGGCUUCGCAGGUCACCACCAGGUACCUCGUGCUGACAAACACUGACAACAUCGUUUCAAGCCCGACGAGUAUCCUGGUGAAUGGUGCAGGCCACCCGGUGCUGCCCUACGUCAAUGCAGACUCCUGGUAUUGCGGCCAAUUCCCCAGCUGCCUCUCCGAACUUUCGGAGGCAGAAGCCUUCUAUGGCAUCCAGCUGUUGCAUCACCACGACACCUUCGAGACCGUGUACUACACGAGCCUCUUUCAGCAACACUGCGCUGCCCGGGAUACCGUGCUAAGCCAGCUGGGCAGCUACGAGGAUUGUGAUUUCGUGCAUGGCCCAACUGCUGAUGGGUACAUGGCCUGGCUGCUGUCGCAGAACGGCGAUCUGAGCUUCGACUAUGUUCCCAAGAGCAAGACGAGAGUUGGCUCGCGAACUUGGGGAGUACUCUCCAAAGCGCAUCCAGUCGACCUCCGCGAAUGCUCCGUUUACACACCGGAAGAUUUCACCGUUUUGGACGGCAACAUCUCCAGCUGCGCCCAGAUCCUGGAGGACCCCGGCGCUUGCGAUGCGGCAGCAAACUGCACGUGGCGACCAGUCUUCGGCAGCGGCAGAUGCAUCGACACGCCUGCGAACCCCGAGGUGACCCAGAUGUUCGUCCUUCCGCAGUUUAUCUCCUCCACAACCACUACGUCCACAACCACGAUGACCACAACCACGACGGUCACCACGACAGGGACCACGACCACGCAGACCUUCACGGUUCUCCCCGGUCAGUGUCCGCUUCCGAUUGCAGAGCCGUCGGUGGACGUGAUGGACUGCCUUGGAAAGACUGUCGGCGAGACGUGUGAGGUGGUGUGCUCGGAGGACUUCGAGGGUCCGGUUUCAACGCUCACCUGUGGAGUGGACGAAUCCUUCACGGGAGACUUGCCGACCUGCAGUACCACGACCAUGACGAGCACUGCCACUUCAACCGUCACCGAGCUGGUGUACUGCUCAGGUGGUUUGCCUUCCGGCCGUGGCGUCGUGGUGUCCGAUUGCUCCGGUCUGGCGAACGGACAGACUUGCAACGCCACCUGCGACGCACGAUUUCAAGGAGGGCCGGUCCAAUACUUGUGCAACGCCAUGACCGGACUCUUCGAAGGGCCAGGGCUUGUGUGCCGACUGCCCACCUGCUCGCUGAGCGCUCUGCCGCUGGCCUCUACGGAUGUAGACGCCAGCAGUUGCGAGAACACGGAAGUCGGCAGCCUCUGCUUCAUGCGAUGCCGUGUGGGAUUCGUCUUCGCGGAGUCUGUGCUCACCUGCGAGGCGGAUCUUUCGUUCUCCGGAACGCCGCCGACCUGUGAACGGUUAGCUUGUGGCACGUCCGGUCUUCCGGAGGAUGUGAGCUUCAACGUUAGCAGCUGCAUCGGCACUCUAUCGGGUGAGUCCUGUGAGGUCGCAUGCAAACGCGGCUACGACGGGAGCAGCUCCACCUUUCGGUGCGGUCUGGAUGGCGUCUUCCAGGGCUCAGCUGGAAGCUGCGUGCGGAAGGCUUGCCUGCCGCCGGCAUCGAGUCCUUCCUUCCAGACCGACUGCGCGGGGGCGCGCCAUGGAGAUCUCUGCUUUGGCAGAUGCUCCCCCGGAUACACGGGGUUCCCAAAGCAACUGGCGUGCAACGACGGCGUGCUCUUAGGCGAUCUCCCCAACUGCAGUGCCCGGAUCUGCUCUUUAGAAGGCAUCGUCAUCGGGGUCGGCGUCACUGCAGAGGCCUGUGUGGGGAUCACCACCUCCAGCAGCUGCGAGCUGGGCUGCGUUCGCGGCUUCGAGGGCAGCGGCUCGGGGACACUGAAUUGCGAAAUCGAUGGCAGCUUCAGCGCCACCGGGGCCUUUGAGUGCCGGCCAAAGCAGUGCUUCCCACUCUCAUCGAUAUCUCCUUUCUCGGAGCCCCACUUUGCUGAUUCCUGCGGCAACAAGGAGUUCGGAGACAUCUGCACGGCGUUCUGCGAGCCAGGCUGGGAAAUCGAAGGCAAUGCGACCGUGAUGCUCUGCGACGACACCCCGCUCAGCAGCGCCGGAUUUGCAGAAUAUUUGGGGAGAGCCCCUGCGGAAAACUCCAGCGGACCAGUCUGCACCGCAAAACCCUGCACCAUCGGAAUGCCCAGGGUCCGUGGCACCUCCAACGAUUGCAGUGGCAAGGCCACCCUGGAGAACUGCACAGUCACGGCCCUCCCAGGAUUCACCAUGACUGACAGCGUGCUAACCUGCUUGACAGAUCACAGCUUCAACGGCACUAUCUCCGAAGUCGUGGAGGCUUCCUGCCCAGACCUCGCUCCAACCACCGGAUCUGCGAGCAGCUGUCAGGACAGGAAAGUGGGAGACGAGUGCUGGGUCUACUGCGAGCCUGGCUACACGGGCAGCCCAGCUGCUUACAUCUGUGAUGCCAAUACACUCACUUUCGUGCCAAAGGACAUCGUUGUCACCUGCACCGCCUCUUCUGUUCGGCGUCUGUUUGGCGUGGGAGGCUGCCAGGAAGCUGCAACAGCCGCCUUUGGCCUGGCGGAUCCCCAGUUUGCUCAUGACUGCACGAGUGGCUCCGGGGUGGCUGAUGGCGGCAUCUGCAUUGCUCACUGCAGCCGAGGCUAUGGACUGGUUGGAGUUGCGUCUGUCUUGAGCUGCAACUCGGGAAGCUUGUCUGGUACGUUGCCUGUGUGCAGUCCGCUUCCCUGCACAUACAACCUGCCUGAUGCCGUUGGGCUGGAGCACAACUGCAGCAAUAUCACGACUGGGAGUUCCUGCAGCGCUGGGUGUACCCAAGAGGGCUUCAAGUAUGCUUCCGGUGGCGCCGAGCAGUACCAAUGCGCAAUCACUGGAGAGUUUCAAGGAACGCUGCCGUCCUGCCAACGUAUCUCCUGCACAGACCUGAUCCUGGGCCGCAAGUUCGCGCACAACUGCGAGGGCAUGGUCUUUCAGGACACCUGCGGCGUGAGCUGCGCGAAGGGCUGGACUUUGGUGGGAUGGGGAUCACAGUAUGAGUGCCAGUCAGAUGGAAACAUUACCGGCGUCCUCCCCGAUUGUGUUGGGAACCCCUGUGAGAACAGCAUCCCUGCAGACCAGGCAUUUUCCGGCGAGGAGUGCGACGGGAUGACGACCGGCCUGGCCUGCAACGUCACCUGCAAGCCGGGCAGUGUGCCGAACUUUGCAAUCAUGACUUGUGACGAAAGUGGCCAACUAGUUGGAACGCUGCCGCUUUGCAAGCCCGCGAAGUGCCCUGUGAUUAGCCGACUGGAGGAGCCUUCAGUCGCGCACGACUGCGACGACGUUGCCUUCGGCCGCAGCUGCGGUGUCUACUGUGCACCGGGGUACGAACUGACCAGCGGCGAAGCGGGAGAGGCCACUGUCCAGGGGUGCAGUGUUCUGCCUUCUCCUCGCUCUUCCCUGUUAUUGGAGCUAGAUCCAGAAACUCAGGCGAAGAAGCAGCACUGCCUUUCUUUCUCCUCCCCAACUUGGGUGCUUUACAUGGUUCCGGGUGUCCGCUCAGGCCAGCCGAUCGUUUGCCCGAGCCUGAACCCCAGCGAUGUCCUGGAGGACAACUGCACGGGGCUCCUCGCAGUGUCGGGCUAUGGUGUGGUUGGCUUUCUGUUGGUUCUCAGCCUGGAAACGGGGAUUAUUGCGUGCCUUGUCCUGAAGUCCUGCGAGCGCCGUUGCCGCUCUGGCUUCUUGCCGGUAACUUCGCUGCAAGAGGUGGAUGGGUGCAUGUCUCCAAACCAAGAAAAAGUUAUGGAUCGCGAGUCUGGUGCUGCAAAGCUGCAGUCAUACGUCCCUGCCGAACCUCGAAGUUAUGCCAAGGCCAACGCCACGAGCUCCAGCUUCAACUGCGACCUUUCAGGAGACUGGGCCGCCACUCCGGUGAAGAAGAGUGCAGUCAGGCUAAUUGUUAAGGUCUUCGUAAAUUGGUCCUGCUUUGCCUACUGCCGGGAUGGCUUCCAGCUCAGCCUGCCGGAGGCUCCCGGCCUAGACAGUCCAAACAUGGCCGGCUCUCAGAUUGAACAAAGAAGAACCGCCAAGAUGCAGGUUCCGCAGUGGACCUGCGCAGAUGAGUCGAGUGGCCUACCUGCGGUAAGCGAUGAUCCGAUGGUGGAUGGCUACACUUUACGCGGCGUUGUGCCUGUUUGCUCUGCCUUGCCUUGCCUGUACAACCUGCCUUUCGGUGCAGAGUACGCUGACGACUGCGGCAGUGGUGUGGUGACGGAUGGCACCUGCACCGUCACCUGCGCUGCGGGCUGGCAAGGAGGCUCCAGCACUUUGUCUGCACAGAAAUGCUCCAAGCGAGCCAAGGCUCGGCCAGCAAAUUUUCGGUUUCAGGGUUUAUGUUCAGUUUAG